UAUAGUCUUCAUCCCUUUCUCUUAUCAGGAAAAAGAAACAAUUCAAAGCAUAAUACUUAAAAGUCCUUGUAGGUCCACAUGAUUGUCUUUUUUUGUUUUAAUUAAACUGAUUCUUUACUUAAAAAGAGGCUCAUACUAGGAAUUGCAUAUUUUUCUUUACCAAAAAGGAGGCUAGGGGCGCUUGAGGUGGCUCAGUUGGUUAAACAUCCACCUGACUCUUGAUUUUGGCCAUGAGGGCCAUGAUCUCAGGGUUGUGAGACUGAGCAGGAUGUUGGGCUCCAUGCUGGGCAUUGGAGCCUGCUUAAGUUUCUCUCUCUCCCUCUGGGUCCCCUACCCCACUCAUGCUCACUUUCUCUUUCUCAAAAAAAAAAAGUGGGGGGGACUAUAUUUGGUUUUCAGGAGGGUAAAUAAGAUAUUACCUUUUAGCACUUUAUUUUUUUUUAAGAUUUUAUUUGUGAGAGAGAGCAAGAGAGCACAAGCAGGGGGAGCAGCAGGAGGAAAGGGAGAAGCAGGCUCCCCGCUGAGCAGAGAGCCUGACACAGGGCUCCAUCCCAGGACCCCGGGAUCAUGACCCGAGCUGAAGACAGACGUUUAACCCACUGAGCCACCCAGAUGCACCUGCCUUUAAGCAUUUCACAUAGUGCCUGGCUCCUAGUCCAUGAAGCUAGGAAUGGGUGGUAGUAUGAUGUUGUCACAUCACCAGUGUAUACAAAUUUUGGCUGAAUUAACAGCAUGUGCAUUUGACACCUGAGUGACAUGACAUUUGUCAGUGUUAAAAUGGUAUCUUGUGAAUGUUAAAAUGAUGGUUGUGAUAUGGUCCAAGGUUUUGGUGUGAAAAUAGAAAUCACUGUCAUGACUUACUAUUUGGAAUUCUUUGAGUUUUGAUAAAAUAUCCAUGUUUACUUUCGUAACUAUUUCAUUUCUGAAUGAGUUCAGGGUUGUGUCAAGCACAUCUCUACAAACAGAAUAUUUGAGGAGGGAUAGAUUUUAUUCUCAAUGAAUAAGAAACCAGGUUAUAAUUAAUCACUAUGUUUUUUCCUUUCACAUUUUAAGAAGUAGAGACAUCUCAAUGGUAAAAAUAUAAACAAUGAAGAUUUUAUUUGGACAUCCACAGCUUAAAUAUAUGGUGAAUUGUUUCAUUAACUUGUAUUUUGACAUUUGUGUAUUGUCUAAUUAUGUACAUAAUUAAAUAAUAUGUGGCUAAAAGUUGAUUAAAGAGUAGCAGAGCUCAAAACCUUCAUAGCAGCAGCAGCAGCAGCAUUUAACUGAGUGACACACCGGCUGAGUGAUGGUGAGAUCAUGUGACCAGGCCACCUACACACUUGUCCAUCCUGCCAGCUACUGGGAAUGUGCAUGCAGGAUCUCCCCUCGGCCCAGGGCUCUCCACAGAUUCCAUUCCCAUGGAAGAUACACAAUAUAUAUUUUCCCCCAAUCCCCCCACAAAAACCCAACCAAACAAAAAAGACAAAGAGACACUCCUGUUGCCUUGGAAGAUGUUUUCUCCAACUGCACCGAGAAGAGCUGUCCUUGCACUUUGUCUGUGGCCAUUCAGCCCAGCUCACACCGGAGUGCAUUCCCUGCCAACCAGACGAUGUCUUCACCUGCCACCUCACAGUAGUAUCAAUCUAGGAUGGUGAUGACACAUAGAAAAGCUUGUGACUGCCUCUGGUUGUCCUAGAAAUCAACCAAGGCAUCCUGAAGGAUCAACAGUAGAGGGCUGAAAGUCUGAAAGAGGGCAGGGAACGUGGUGUCUGGAGAAUAGGACUUUUGCAGGACAGAAUGAGAGACUGGAGACCAGCACUGGGAAGGCAGACGCUGUGAGGAAGACAGUGAAGAGCAAGCAUGUUGUUCACAAAGCUGGCGAUGGAGAGGGCACUGGCAGAGAAAAGGGACGCGGAUGAUACACAGUAGAAGGCUCCCCAAGGGGUCACCAUGGGUGCCGGGCAGGGGGAGUGCAGAGAGAGCCCACAGAAGGAGCAUCCGGCCGGGGAGACCCCACCCUCAUGCCCUCCUCUGAUGACAGACUCAGAAUGGCUGGAUCUGAGUGCAGAAGAACAAUUGGUGUGGGCCAAAAGCACCUGCGACCCUCGGAUCGCAGUGGGUUCCCAGUCCCCACUAGAAAAGAAGAUUAAGAGUUUAGGUGGUGUCCAUUCUUCAAAAGUGAGGAAGUUGUUACUCCAAAAGUCUCAGCAGGAGAAUGAAACACUUCAUCAGCUUAAAGCCAUGUCUUUUGACUUCUGGUUUGCCAAAGCAGAGGCAUACUACUAUCGCCAACGUCAAGAAAUGAUGCUGGGAGAAGCCUGGAAAUACGUAGUUCCAAGGUGGAAAAUUAAAAUAGAGAGAGAGAGACCACAAAGUGAAAAAACAGGAGAUGCUAAAAAGCAGGACUACCUAGUGCCUGAGAGGGAGCUGGGCCAGAUACAGAAGCACAUAUACCGAGCCGAGCGAGCCAGAGGCCUCAGAGACCACAAGUAUCGGCUCCUCCCUCAAAGGAUCCCAAGUGAAACAGCCUUCCCCCAAGUACUCACCCUAGGGAAGGAGGGAAAAACUGAAGCUAUCCAGAAAACACACAAAACUAAGACCAAAAAGCACAGGGUGGCCUCGGCGAAGGAACAGAUCAAGGGGCAUCAGAAUCGAAUGAUUCGAGGGAGAGAGCUCGUGGAGCAGAGGAGCCAGAGACUGCAUUCUUGCAGGCUCUCUACCUCGGCUCCUCCCCUCCACAGGCCUGCGACACACAAGGACGAAGAGAAGGAGUACGAACUGGUCACAGCCUACCCCAUUGCCCAGCCUUAUCAGGAAGCACUCAUAGAAGUGACCAUCCUCAUGGAAAAGUCCAGAAAGGAUGAUUAUAUAAAAAAGCCACUCCAACGAGAGCUCUUGAGCAUACCACCAUUUUUGAGAAGCCAACUAGGAAAAAAUAAAGUUUAAGUUAUUUUCUGGAUUACUGUAUUUCUUUUUCAGGCUGGCAUACUUUGACAACUGUUAGUGCAGUAAAAUCCCAUACCCCCAAAUUUCAUUCCUAAGUUUGUUUGCAUCAAACUUGGGCAGGGGAGUUACACCAAGUGUUUCAACUAUCUGAAACUAUCUGAAACAAUCCUGAGGUCAAGAGUUUGAUCAAGAGUUGCAUGCUCUGCCUACUGAGCUAGCCAGGCACCCCUCCUAUUCAGAAGUUUAAUUUUUUUUUUUUAAGAUUUUAUUUAUUCAUGAGAGACAUAGAGGGAGGUAGAGACACCGGCAGGAGGAGAAACAGCCUCCAUGCAGAGUCUGAUGUCGGACUUGAUCCCAGGACCCUGGGAUCAAGCCCUGAGCCAAAGACAGAUAGAUGCUCAACCGCUGAGCCACCCAGGUGUCCCAAUUCAGAAGUUUAAAGAGGUAAAAGUGGCCCAUAAUCUCCCUGCCCAGAUAACUUCUGUUGAAACUUUUUUUUAAAAAAGAAUUUAUUCGAGAAAGCACAAGCAUGAGCAGGGGUGGAAGGGAACAAGUAGAAGGAGAAGCAGACUGUCUGCUGAGCAGGAAGCAAGACUCAGGGCUCAAUUUCAGGACCUCGGGAUCAUGACCUGAGCCAAAUAUACAGUUACCCGACUAACCACCCAGGCACCCUGACAAUUUUUAAAAAUAAUGAAAAAGUACAUGGUUAGAAAGCUCAAAUAAUUAUAGAAAAGUACAAAAGGCAAAGUGACCACAUGGUCACUUUGGCUUGCCAGGGGCCACUGCUGUUUUUGUUUUUGUUUUUUUAAGAUAUAUUUGAGAGAGAGCACAAGCAGGAGGGGCAUUUAUAGAGAAUCUCAAGCAGACUCAACACGGAGCAUGGAGCCUGAUGUGGGGCUUGAUCUCAUGACUCGGAGAUCAUGACCCCCACUAAAAUCAACAGUUGGACACCCAACUGACUGAGCCACCUGCGUGCCUCUCACGUUUCUUAUAUGAGCAGAGUUUGAAGCAAGUAGAAGGCAGGCCAACAAAAGGGGGGAAAAUGGAAGGCAAC